AUGUCUGGUGCGAAGGGUACCACAUCUGAUCACGUGGAAUACACACCGUCAACUAAAGAUGAUCCCAAUCCAAUGGUUGAGAGAAUGCCGGUGUUCCUCCGAAAUUUGACCCGGGAGGAAAGACAGCACAUGGAGAACAAGCUUGUGCGGAAGGUCGAUUCCAGGCUUCUCAUCAUGAUUGUGAUCAUGUAUAUCCUGAACUAUCUGGAUCGAAACAACAUUGCUGCUGCCAAGCUUGCGGGGCUUCAGAAAGACCUGAACCUUCGAGGCGACCAAUACCAGACCUCCGUCAGUAUUUUGUUUGUUGGAUACUUGUUGAUGCAGGUACCAUCCAACAUGAUUUUGAACAAAUUGGGCAAGCCUUCGAUUUAUCUUCCAACUUGUAUGUUAGCAUGGGGUAUAAUCUCCAGUGCAACUGCUGCAACUCAGAGUUAUGGUGGGCUCUUGGCCUGUCGAUUCAUUCUUGGCUUUGUGGAGGCGGCAUACUUUCCCGGCUGUCUCUAUCUACUCUCGGCUUGGUAUACUCGAAAGGAACUUGUCAAGAGGACUGCUCUUUUAUACUCCGGAUCACUACUUUCUGGCGCUUUCUCUGGCUUGAUUGCUGCUGGAAUUACCAGUGGGCUUAACGGCAAUCGCGGAAUUGCGGCAUGGAGAUGGCUCUUCAUCAUUGAAGGGGCUAUUACUGUAUUCGUCGCUAUCGUUUCAAUCUUCAUUAUACCUGAUCUUCCACGAACAACCACGUGGCUGACCGAUGAGGAGAAAGAGCUUGCAGCUUGGAGACUUGCCGAAGAUAUUGGUGAAGAUGACUGGGUUGAUAGCCAACACCAAUCCAUGUUUCAUGGGGCAAAACUUGCAUUCAAGGACUAUAAAACCUGGCUGCUGCUCGGAGCAAUCUACGGAUGUACCGCCUCAGGUGCCGUCACAACUUUCUUCCCGAUUGUCAUGGCUGGUCUCGGGAAGGACAAAGUGACUACGCUACUCCUCACCACGCCGCCCUACCUAAUCGGUACUAUUGUCGUCCUGAUAAACGCAUGGCAUGCCGACAAGACCGGAGAGAGAUAUUUGCAUAUUGCACUGCCACCAAUUAUCGCCAUUGCUUCAUUUGUGAUUGCGCUGUCUACCACAAAAUUUGCGGCUCGAUAUGCUGCAAUGUGCUUGAUGAUUGGAGCUAUCUAUGCUGGAUACGUCGUCCUACUUGGGUAUAUCUCAAAUGUUCUUCCUCGGCCCGCCACCAAGAGAGCAGCAGCCUUGGCGCUCAUUAAUUGUCUGAGCAAUGUGUGCCAAAUCUACACUCCAUAUCUGUAUCCUGAUUCGGCAGGACCUCGGUAUACAACCGCGUUUUCGGUCAACAUCGCUAUGUCAGCAAUGACCAUAUGCUUUGCCACCGUCAUUCGCAUCGUCCUUGGGCGUUUGAAUAAGAAGUUAGAUGAGGAAGAAGGAACGAAUAUUAGUACUCAGGGACUGGAGCAGGCGCAAGAGGAUGAGGAGCAUGGUCUUCCGGGACAAGCAGUCUCGCAAGGAUUCAGGUUCUUACUCUGA